CUGAUUUGUUUUUGGCCAAGGGUGCCGAAAGGAUCAGCCAAGGGAGUGGAGUGAGGGUAAGGUUGCUCUCUCUCGGUUGUUGGUGUUUCCGUUCUAUCCAUCUAUGCUAUGGAUACUCUUUCCAGGAUUAGACUCCUCUCCAAUUGUUACACUUUUCAGUUCCCCAAAACCCCCGCAUUAUCUCCUUUCCCAACUGCUUUUUCCACACCCACACAUUUUGUGCCACCACUAAGAGCUGCUCGCACCACCACCACCGCCCCCACCACUUCAACCACUACAGUGAGUGAUGUGGACGAGGAAGUCUUGCAAAUAUUUUUGAAGGAUAGAGAAUUAAACGGGGAUUUUGUAUCAAGAACUUCUGAUUUAAUAUGGCGAAUGAACUCCAGAAACUCUGGUGAUUAUGAUGUUAGUGAGCUCACCGACAACAACAAUUCUCAACAAACAGAACAGAUCAUAGAGACUAACAGUGAUGGCGGAUUUUUGAAACUUUCAAGUACCCAAGAGUGGUUAUUAGGUGACAAUUCUGCACCAAUAAACAGGAAGAUGACUGCCAAGACAAUCCAAGACAACAGAGCAAGACUCAAGAAACUAGAGGCACUCAAAUAUCAAUCUCUCAAGAGAGAAUUACUACUUCUCUCCGUGGGUAUUGGAUUGGCUUGUAGUGGAUAUUGCUUGGUAGUUUUUUCUGUACAGGCUGCUUUAAGUUAUGCGGUUGGAGUCCUUUUCAGUUGCUUGUACCUUCAGCUCUUGUAUCAACACGCGGACAACAUAUCAAGUGAAAAUGUUCCUCAAAUAUUCAUGAAAAAGAAGUCGAAAAAAAUUGGUAUAAGAAGCGAGGACCUCAAUGAUUUUUUUGAGAGAACGAUCAGGGGUAGCGGUAUAUCACUUUCAUCUCCAAGGCUCGUGAUCCCAGCAGCAAUUUACGGACUUUGGGCUUUGUCUCAUCAGUCUUUUACCAAUGACUUGUUUGAUUUUCAGCUUGUGCCGGCCAUGGUUGGGAUGUUUGUAUACAAGGCUGCUGCUCUAGUGCAAGUUUACAGAGACAAUAAAGAGUUAGGCUUUGAAUUUCCAGAAGAUUAUUAAUGAAGGAAGACUCAAGUGACUGAAAUGUUUAUUUAGCUAUGUUCAGCAGAUCACUCUAUUUCCUACAUCCUCAAAUAUUGGAAAAGGCCUGCUGCAUCCGGAACGGAGCCCAACUUACUUUUAUCUUGUAACAAAAAUGUCAUAUAGUAUGUACUAUAUUAUACUACAUAAUAUUAUAUAUGAGAGUGGAAGAUAAUUUGAAAUGAUAAAAAAAGUCGUUGUUAAGUAACCAUAAUGUAGGAGUGGAACUGAGAUGUAAAUGAGUUUGCAAUGUUGUUUAUUUGAGGCACCGAAUUUGUGGUUUGACAA